CUGAAGAACAAAAAGCAAAACGCGAUUGUAGUUUGAUGUCAGAAGAAACCGUUUUAAACAGUGCAGUUGAAAUAAAAGCUGGAGUUGUUUGGAGGUUGUGAAAGUUUUCUUGAGGAAUCCUAACGUUCGCGCAUUGGUGCCAUGAACGGACAGAUUUUUCAGUCACGUGGCAAAAUCUUGAUAGCCCUUUUACUGAUAACUGUCCCAGUUGUUCAGAGCGGGAAUGUUCUUGUCUUUCCUGUGGAUGGCAGUCAUUGGGUCAACAUGAACAUCUUGGUGGAGGCCCUUCAUGACAAAGGUCACAAUGUUACAGUCAUUCGGAUGGCAGACAGCUGGUACAUCAAAGAAUUCUCACCUCACUACACAUCAGUCACUAUAAAUUCACCAGGAGGAUUCGAUGAGGAAUUCUUUGAGACGUUUGCAUUCAGACUCAUGAAAAUCCUGAGAGAAGGCUCCACCUGGGGUCGUCUGAAGCUGGAAAUAGAGACAUGGUUAGGUACUUAUGAGCUGAUCAAAGUAGAAUGUGAGAUGAUAAAAAGUAUGAUGGAAGACCAGCAGCUAAUACAGUCUUUAAGGGAUGCCAAGUAUGAUUUGCUUCUUACAGAUCCGCUUUUGUUUGGAGGUGUUCUUUUGGGCCACUUCCUGAAGCUGCCUAUUGUCUACAAUAUCCGUUGGACGAUGUAUAGUGAGGCGCAUUUUGCAAUAGCUCCUUCUCCACUUUCUUAUGUUCCUUUUCCGAUGGUGGAGUUAUCAGACCGCAUGAGCUUUUUUCAAAGAGUGAAAAAUUUAGUGAUGUACACUAUAGCUGAAGCUAUGGGUGUUUUGUUGUUUGCUCCAAAUUAUAAUGCACUUUGCGAACGGUUCAUUGGCCCAGGAGUCUCCUUCCUUACCUUAGUACAGAGUGCUGAUCUGUGGCUCCAUAGAGUUGAUUUUGUUUUUGAAUUCCCGCGUCCCACUAUGCCGAACAUUGUCUAUAUGGGAGGUUUUCAAUGCAAGCCGUCAAAGCCUCUUCCCAGAGAUCUGGAGGACUUUGUGCAGAGCUCUGGUGAUCAUGGUGUCAUCAUCAUGUCUCUGGGCACUCUCAUUGGUCAGCUUCCUGAUGAUGUGGCUGAAGCGAUUGCUGAAGCUUUUGCAGAACUUCCACAGAAGAUCGUCUGGAGGUACAAAGGAAAGAGACCAUCUGCUCUAGGAAACAACACCCUAGUGAUGGACUGGAUGCCUCAGAAUGAUCUUCUGGGUCAUCCUAAGACCAGAGCCUUCGUUGCACAUGGAGGAACCAAUGGGAUUCAAGAAGCCAUUUACCACGGAGUACCAAUCAUUGGAUUUGGGUUGAUUUUUGACCAGCCUGAUAAUCUUGCAAAAAUGAGAGUACGGGGUGUAGCCAAGAAUGUAAACUUUGCCACAGUGGAUAAGGACUCCUUCCUUGAAACCGUCAAAGAGGUUCUUUAUGAUCCCUCUUAUCAGGAGAACAUGCAGAGGCUCUCAAGGCUUCACAAGGACGUUCCAGUAAAACCUCUGGACAAUGCCAUCUUCUGGAUUGAGUUUGUUAUGAGGCACAAAGGUGCUGCUCACCUGCGCACAGAGUCUUACAAAAUGCCCUGGUACUCUUAUCACUCUGUAGAUGUCUUACUGUUCCUGCUAUCUGCUGUGACCCUCAUAAUCUUUAUAAUAUGUGUGGUUAUUAAAUAUUUCUGUUUCAGAAUAUGUUUAGGAAAAUCAAAAAACAAACUUGAAUGACUUUUUUAUAGUAUCUAAGGUACUAUAUUUUGUUAUUAAGCCACUCUAGGUCGGGCAUUUCCUGUAUAUUAAUGACCAAAGCUUUGAAUCAAAAUUAUGUUUAUUUUGUACAGUGAUCUAAAGAUGUUAAUUUAUUGAUUUGUGCAUGUUUAAAUUUGUGCCAUUGUUUAGAACAAUAUUCUGUAUUUCAAAAAUGAAUUGUGUCAGGUAUAACAUGUUUUAUUUUACUUAUAUUAACUGAUUUAUCAGUUUGUAAUUUCACAAACAAUUUAGCAAAAUACAUGCAAUUCCAAAUACUCAAUAAGCUCAUUAAGCUUUAAUAGAUUAAUAUUUGUGGUUUGUAUGACAGUAUUACCUAAAAAUAUACAUUAUAAAUGUUGUCAUCAGUAGCUAUUUCAUAAGAAUGUAUAAAUAAUUAAUUUAAUAUUUCACCAAAUGUUUAUUAUUUAUUUUGACAAUCAUUUUUAUUUCAGAUAUGUAUAUGUAUAUUUCAGAUAUUUUUAUAUGGAAAAUUAAAUUUAGCAAAUCAGUUUGAUUUAAAGUUCUAUGGGGCAUUUCACAUAAUUGUUUAUGUACUGACAAUAAUACAUUAUAUCGUA